AUGACGGCAAAAGCUCUCGCUCCAAGAACCAAAGGCCUCUCCAGGCCCAGGUGGAGUCCACCGAGGUACUCCCAACUUGGCCAACGCAAUUCUGAGCAACGCGCGCGCAAUACGACAAUACGCAAUGGCACGAAAGCCACCUGCCCCAUAAAGAAGGUCAAGACUAAUAACUACACAGUACGGCAUCUGCUGUUAUCUGAGACACUUGACCACCUAGCAGCACGACUCUCGAAAGCCCCAAGGCCGAGGCGAGGAGACAUCUUGGACAAGAUGAGAAGCCACCCAUUUGUGGCCUCCGUCGCCGCCGCCGCCGCCGCCUUGCUGGUCGGUACGUGUACGGCGACUGCUGACCACCCCAGCGGCUGCCAUGCCGACAACUGUUUGCGGGCUUUCCGGGCGACCCAGAUUCCUGGACGGCUGGCGAGUGCCAAGGCAUUCUGUGCCACUUACACGGCGGCCACUGACGCCGGCACUGCUACGGCCGCGCCUACCAACAUCCCGUCGUUUGCCGCCCGGAACUGCCGGGACAGCCCUGAAGGGCCCAUGACCCUGAGAAUCUCAAGCGCUUGUUCUUGCAUUGCGCCGGUUACCACAUCAACGACGCCAAUUGCUGCUCCGACCAUAACGCCUACUGGUACCGCCACCCGGCAUCCAUGUGCUCGGGUCAGCGCGUCCUGGGCCGAGCAGAAGCUAGCCGGCGGCAACGCUGCGCCCACCGUCGCUGCCUCUCUCGCACUCGAGUGCCUUAAAACCGUUCCUGUCGGCAAGGACGAAGGCAUCAAGCUUUUAGACGCCAUUGAACCAUAUCUCGAAUGGCAGAGUGACGCUGCUUACAAGAAGGAUCCCCCAAAGGAUUACUUCUACCCCGGAUACGACAUUUUUGGCAAUCUCGCCAGGGUCAAGUCCAACCUGGCUGCUGGUAGAUAUGCUGGCGAGUACGACUUCCAGAUUGACCUGUAUAAGCAGGUCUUUGCGCCCGGCCAGGACGGGCACUUUGUCUUUUACCCCGACUUGUUGUCUAGAGCCUUCAGAUUCAAGCGCCAGCCCUAUGCCCUGGUUUCCGUGAGCGAGGAUGGCAAAUCGUUGCCCGUUAUCAAGCUGCAAAAGGAUGUUGCCGCAAAUGCCAAAACUGCUCAAGCCAUUACCAAGAUCAACGGCAUCGCCGCGGCCAAGUACAUUGAGGAUACCGUAAACGCUGCCAGCUAUCUUCAAGAUGUUGACGCAAGCUACAACACCAUGUUCUGGUCCCAGAGCAACUUUGCUAGUAAUGGUGAUCUUGGCAGCUUUGUGUCUGGCGGUCGAAGCGCAUUGUUUUACCACGGCCCUACCACUAGCCUCACAUUUGCCAACGGUACAACCGUGGAGCUUGAAAACCUAGCGGCCGUUGUUGGAGACAUGACAAACGUGGUUGACGGGCCAUCCAUGUACAAGAAAUUCUGUACGCCUGUUCCUUUGAAAUCACCGGGCGAGCCCUCACCCCCUGCGCCACCUGGGAAUAAAACUCGCCCAGGCUAUCCCCAGCCCGAAAUCGCCACCCGGGAUGGUGUUGUUAGUGGCUACUACCUCAGCGGCGAGGGUGUGAACGAUGUGGCCGUCAUUGCUCUCAGCGAUUUCGUGCCAGAGAGCCCUGCGGCUUUCCAGGCCGUCACCGGCGAUUUCUUGCGCGAGGCCAAGGCUGCUGGCAAGACCAAGCUCGUUGUCGACUUCCAGGGCAACGGAGGCGGUUACAUCCUGCUGGGCUACGACUUCUUCCGCCAGCUUUUCCCCAAGAUUGUGCAGGACGGCAACUCGCGCUGGAAGCAGAACAAGGCCUUUGCCGCCAUGGCCCGCAUCGUCUCCGAUAUCACCAAGAACGUCAACCCCGAGACCGAGGCGGACCCGGAUCUCCUCGACAUGGAUCAGUCGUGGUGGAACUACCGUUCCGACCUGAACCUCACCAACCAGAACUUUGCUACGUUUGAGGACAAAUUCUCCCCCCGGGUCUUCAAGGACACCGACUACACUGCUCUGAUGCGAUGGAAUCUCAGCAAUCCGCUGCUGACGAGCAAUAAAACUUACGGCUUCGGCAUCGACAUUUCUGGCUACGGAAGCCGCGCCAACCUGACGCAGUACUUUGAGGCCGAGGAUAUCGUCCUGCUGUACGACGGUUCCUGUUCCUCGACCUGCACCAUCGCUUCCGAGUUCCUUCGUGUCUUGGGCGGCGUCAAGUCAGUCGCCAUGGGCGGCCGUCCCAAGCCCGGUCUUAUCCAGGGGGUCGGCGGCGUGAAGGGCAGCCAAGUGCUAUCCUACCUUAACAUUUACUCGUCCGUCAACUACAUAAAGCAAGUCACCAACGACACCAAGUUCAAGGCCGAGCUGCAGCGAUACACCACGUUACCCAUGGAGCGGUCUAGAGCGUCGGGCGUCAACGUGCGCGACCAGAUCCUGCGGGAAAACAUCGAGGACGGCGUUCCAGCCCAGUUUGUGUACGAGGCUUCGGACUGCCGCCUGUACUGGACGGCGCCGAUGAUUUCCAACGUGACCGAGGUGUGGAAGUCGACGGCCCAGGCGGCCUUCAACGGCGCCAAGUGCGCCGCCGGAGGCAUCAAGCGAUCCAGGCCCGGCCGCAGGGGCGCCAAGGCGCGGGCCAAGGUGCCCGUCCUGGCGAGAGACGGCCAGAUUAGGGAGUCGGAGCUGGUUGACACCACUCCCGUCGCGCACGGGCAGCAGUGGGAGGCUGUCCACCUGCAAAAGGCCAUCAAAUAG